AUGUACGUCCCCCUCACACCCCUCACCACCCUCUUCCUCCUCCUCCUCCCAUUCUCCGCUCUAGCCAGCCGCCCCCACCGCCGCUUCGUUGACUCCAACAUCACCCCAAAAUUAUCCACCAACACCCCAUCAUCCCCACAAUACAUGGCCGGCACCAAUCAAACCUUCUCCGCCUGGACGCGCUCCGGCUGCGGCAACAAUACCAUUGGCGGCGAGAAUAUCUGGUACCCGGACCUGCUGUAUGGCCAAAACAACCACGCGCUCGUCGUCUCCUACAUGCUGGGCCGGGACCUGCAGCCGAACGAGCAGCUCGACAUGAACUUCGCGUACCCGGACGGCAGCACGAAGAAAGGCAGCGAUGGCGUGCCCAUUGAUAAGGAGUGCGCGCUGUUUCAAUAUACGGCGAACCCGGACCAGACAACUGGGGCGACGCUCGCGGCUAAUACUUGCUAUACGCCCAGUGUGCCGGUGACGUGUUUCAAUCUUUGGAGAACGCAGUAG